GCUCACAGGUUCGGCUCUUCCUGACGUGGCGAGCCGCUAAAGGUCCGCUGGUUCCGUCGUGGGCUGCCCCGAUUGGAUUAGACAACCUGUUUGGCAAUUUUGACGAGAAGAUGUAAAUACACAGGUGGUGCAGGCAUGGGCGAGAGUUUAGUUUAUGUAAAUAAAACAGAAGUGAAACUGUCGCAUUGGUCUGGUUUCCUGGCGCUAACAGGCUCCGUCAGACGCAAUGUUGGGCAGAUAGUUGAGAAGAUUUUGGAUUUUAAUACGAGGUGAGAGCUGCGCAGUCAUGCCUCAGCUCUCGGCCACCGCGCUGCUGCAGCUCGCGCUGCUGCUCUCCGCCGUGCCCGCGCAGUACUACAUCUCCCGCUGGAGCAGCUCCACGGCGGUGCAGCGCUUCCACGCCAGCACACGGUUGCUUAAAAUUUGGAAAGACUGGAGAACAUCUUUCCUAAAUAUCACUGUAUGGAUGGACUGGGCAGACCAGCAGAUGUCCAAAGUCAUGUCUUUGUUUGGAUUGGAAGAGGACGUGUUACAAGAGUCGCUCGCCAUAGAGAGCAUGCUUUUUGACAAUGACCAGGAAUUCUUUGGAGCCUCCAAGACAGUGCGCAGCCCUCGUCCUCCUUACGUGUUUCUGCGGGUUGGAGAGGUGGUGAUGGAGAGGAAGGGCCAUAUGGUCGGAGUGGUGGUGAGCUGGGACCCUGAGCGGAGAGCCCCUCAACAGUGGGUCAACAAAGUGUAUUCCAACUUUGACGGCCCCAAGGCAGAGAACACACCUCACUAUAAAGUACUGUUCAGCGGGCCUGGACCCUCGUCUCUGUUAGUCGGAUACUUGCCUCAAACACAACUGCAGCGCAUCACCGGGAUGAGGCCGGACAUUCCCACCUUGGAGAACUACUUCACACAUUUUGACGGGGAGCGGUUCAUCAUGCAGCCCUGGCUCAGGGAGAUCUAUCCAGAGGACGGGAAGGAGGAUGAGUGACUGCUCAGCCAUGUGUGAUACAGUUUUAAAAGCACCAGAGGACACCUGGCUUUCUGCCUUUUCAAAGGUGUCCUAGAGACCUAUCGAUCUGAUAUAAAGUUCUUUAUCAGUCUAAAAAAUCCACUGGAAUCUGGCAAUCACUGUUGAAAUGAGUGGAAGCUCAAGUUUUGAGCAGAUUGAGGAUCAUUUUCAAAUCCCUCCUUGUUGGAUUUUGAUGUGAGGAUGUGUUUUGCAGAUCUGAAGGAACUCACUUCCCGAAAUGUUAUUUUACCUUUAUUCCUUUGAUAUGUACACAUAAAGUGUUUUAAAUUGAAGUGCCAAAACAGAUGAACAUUUAGUAACAGUUCAUUUAAUGUUAGCUUGACUUUUUAGCUAAAUGAAGACAGUAAAUGUUUGAAAUAACAAAAUUGCUUUAAAAAUCAAUGUAGCUAUUUUUGUUUACAAGACUGUGUUGGCUGAAGUAGGACAAAAAGCUUGAAAAACUGCACUUUUAUUCAGCCAUCAAGACCAAGCAAUAAAAUAGUAUAAAAU